AUGUCAAUGAAAGACCUCGGUGACCAAGUUUCGCAAGUGAUCGAAGAAUAUCAAGAUCUUUACUCAAAUGAUUACGUACCCAUCGCAGCAGCUGACGUCAGUUUAAUGCUUAAUAUGAUUAACUUCCUUGAGCUCAAGUUCAUGUACAACAGUUGCACUACGCUGGACAACACCGUGUUUGUCUUGGAAUACAUGCAACCCCUUCCUCCUGCAGCAUUCUCCGCAAUGCGCGCAUUAGCGCUGAGUCAAAGCCGCCCACUUGCGAUACUGGUGCUGGUAUUCUCCAUCAUGAAUGUGGGCUUGAACUUUGGUGUUCUUGCAUAUCGGAUGCAGAGCUUCAGUGAUCCCAUUUUCGGUUGCGUCGUGACUUACCUUCCAAUCCCCAGGCCCUUCCUGGUAUCUGUUUUUCUCAUUUUGAACACUCUCCGCAUGGCAACCACCUUGAGAGGGAUCAUAUCUCCUAUUCAAAUCUCCUUGAUUGGCAGUUUCGGCGAUCCUCUCACCACGAUCCUCGUCUCGCGAUUUCUGCUUGACCUGCAGGAGGUUCAUCAGCGGACCAUCAAGCUCGGUUCAGACGACCCACUCCACUCGUCUGCGUCUGAUUGCCAGGUCGGAAUCGGAUCCCUGCGAUUCGCGGUGGACGCUAUGGGAUCCAUCAGAGCCGACCUUAGGAUUCUGGACAACGUCAACGGCUUGGAAGAAGACGACUAUCCUGUGGCAGGCGAAGAGACGCGGGGAAGGGUGGAUGUGGACAGCACGGCAUAG